CCUACUAAAGCGCUAUUCUUAGCGUUGAACGGCAUUACCUCAUCCUUUUCGCUUCUCUCAGGUAUAGUCGGACAACAACAAACGUUGGGAACAUUUGCAAGGACGGAGAGGAAGAGGAAGGGAGUGCACGUCGCCAGAUCUGUGUUGAUUGUGUUAUUUUUUUUGUCCACCAAAGUGUCCGAGAUUCUGGAAGUGAUCGCUCCAACAGCUUCGGCAUUCUGUCUGGUCGCAAGGCUAUUCGAGCAAGAUUUCAAGUUUGCAUAUUGGAGUUUUUGGAUAACACAAAUCUAAUCAUCCAGCCAUGGUGUUCUGCAGGGAGGGAGAGCGCGAGCGACCUCCGCUGUCUCUCAUUCUGCCGCAUCUCUUCCUUGGAGCUGAGCGGGACGUUACGCAGGACUCGCUGAGUGCCAGAGGGAUCUCCUACGUCUUGAGCGUGAGUCGCUGCAGUCCGCAGCCCUCUUUCCUGCCCGUCUCGCAGUACUUGCGCAUACCCAUCGACGACUCUCUGCGGGACGACCUUCUGCCCUGGAUACCCGCGGCGCUGCGCUUCAUCGACGGGGCCAUGUCCUCUGGAGGAGCCGUUCUGGUCCACUGUGCAGCCGGUAUCUCCCGCUCCCCGGCGCUGGCUGUGGCCUACAUCAUGUACAGCAUGGGGCUGGACCUGGACCACGCCUAUAGGUUUGUGAAGGAGAGAAGGCCGUCCAUUUCCCCCAACUUCAACUUCCUGGGCCAGCUGCAGCACUUCCAAGGCAGCCUCCGUCAGAAGUCCACGGACGGACGCCUGGUCAUCCAGCCCCUGAACCCCCCCAACGCCAACCACUCCGUCCCCCCCACCGCCCCGCUGCCCCCCCCGGGCCCCGGCCUGGACUACCAGGGCAACCUCCUCCCUGCUGGAGACCCGGGGGCCUCCGCCAGAGGGGACCCCCCUCCCGACCGCACGGAGGAAACCGCCCAGAGAUGUUCCCGCUGGGACGAGGCGCCGGAGGACCCCUCCGAGGCGGCGGCGGCGGCGGCGUGCGCGCUCUCCAGGAAGCUCCAGACGCUAGACCUCACGCUCAACCUGACCCCCAGCGCCCUGACCCCCAGCGAGCCCUCGGGCCCCGCCCCCUGCCGCAAGCCGACGCCCCCCCCUGCUCACCUGCACCUCCCCAUAGGCCACGCCUCCCUUCUGGAGAAGCGCCGGAGCCUCACCCUCUCCUUGUUCAGCACUGUCAACGCUCCCCACGCCGUCACCACACCCACACCCAGCCGGCCGCACCCAGCCGCCGCCCAGACGCAGGCGGACACCGCCUCCGUUCCAGCUAGUCCGACGGCUCGUGUUGGAAGUGACGGGCAGUACCCCGACCCGCCAGCAGAGGUAGCUGUUGAGUCGGCUGCACCGGAGGCCGGAAGCCAGAGGCAGCGGGGGUCGGCUUCCUCUUCCUGCACGAGGAGCACCAGGCCGGCCCUGGCAGCCCCCCAAGGCCCAGGCCCGCUGGGGGGGAGAGCCCAGGGGAAGAGCGCAGCUGUCUGCCCCCCCAACCAGGCCCAAAGUCCUAGUCAGAAGACGGCCAACCGAAAGGAGACGAGGAGGGGGGAGGCGGCCAGGAGGCAGCUCCGCCUCCCCAUCAUCCCCAUACUCACCCCCACACUCACCUCCACCACCACCACCACCACCAUAGUCGACCAGCAGCCGUCUGCAGAGAACAAGAAGGGCUCGUCCACUCUGGGCCUGGAGGAGAACGCUGUGGAGGACCAGAGCCCGCUGUCCCCGCUCAACCUGACCCUCAACAAGUUGCUGGGCUGGGGGGAGAGAAUGCUGCUCGGGGUGCUGCUGGGGCCCCAGAUUAAAAUGGGACAGGCUGCUCUGCCGUACAGGUGCUGAUGAAGAAGGGCGCCCUCUACUGGCGGAGAGUGGGAGCAAGAGACUCUUUUUACAAAAUAAUCCUUAAGCGAAUUUUGUCUAUGUUUAUGAGAAGGCAAGCGAAAGCCGAGCUCGUGUUAUGUAUGUGGGUGCAUGUGCCUUUGCGCACUUUUGUGUGUACGCACAAAUGUACGCAUGUGCACCAGCUAAAGUUAUGACAGCGUAUGUGUCCCUUUGAGGUAACCAUAUCGCAUGUUUACUGUACCCCUGCCUAUGACAUUUUGCUGCGGUAAAGGAACUGGGAAGGAACCCAUUUUUUUCAAUGACGUCUUAUUUAUUAAUGACCUGAGAAGGUACUAUCUAUGUGCAUUUGAGGGAGGUAUACCUUGAAUCCAGAUGCCAGGACACGCUUGAUUAUGUUAUUUUCCUAUUUAUUAACUGACACUUGUCAGGUGUUUUGUGUUUCCUGUUAUUUAUAAGAUGCCGAUAUUUUGAGAGCUGUAUUUUGCCGCUGACUUGUUAAGAAAACAGUGUUCAUUAAAGACUACAAUUUAAUCUUG